AUGGGCGCGUUCGAUGUUAUUCGUGGUCGCAAUAACGCGAAAACAGUACAGACAGUUGUUGGCACGGAUAAAUACCAAUUCACAGAUAGGAAAGACCUCCCCGCAAAUAACCUCGAGAUCGAGUCAUGGAACCCUUCACCAGAGACUCAGAGUAAUGCUGGACUCCGGCAAAAACCGAGUGAGACCCUAACGGCACAGGCACAGCCAGGGGUGCAGAAAGCCGAAGCGGUUGCACUGAUUUGGAGUAAGAAAGCGGCUUAUGGAACCUACGCUCUUGUUUGGCUGGCAUUUUUUAUGCUGGCAAUACAGUCAUCAAUCAGCAGCGCCAUUAUCCAGAAUGCGUAUGCCAGUUUCAGCGCCGCCCCUCAAGUCAGCACAGCCAAUAUCCUUUCCAACGUUAUAGCCGGAGUAUUGAAACUACCUGUUGCUAGAAUUCUCACGCUUUGGGGCCGCACUGAAGGGCUAUUGAUUUUCGUUGCGGUUUAUGUCGUCGGAAUUGUGAUUCUAGCUGCCUGUAAUGGCCCAAAAGCCUACGCGGCUGGAUACGUUCUAUAUUGGGUUGGCUAUGAUGCGCUAUACUUGAUAUUAGAUGUGUUCAUUGCCGAUACGACCGGUCUUCGCAAUCGAGCCUUUGCCUUCGCUUUUGCAAAUACUCCAUUUAUUUGCACUGCAUUUACUGGGCCACUGGCUGCCCAAUCCUUCCUCAAAACCUCAACAUGGCGCUGGAGUUAUGGCGUAUUUUCUAUUACCAUGCCUGUAGUAUUUGUUCCGCUGGCGGCAGUGUUCAAGAUCUAUGAGAAAAAGGCCGAGGACGAAGGCAUUUUUCGGCGGCGGCCAAGUGGGCGAACUACAUUUGAGUCGAUUAUCCACUAUGCACAUGAUUUUGAUAUUAUUGGUGCAUUCCUCCUAAUGGCUGCAUUUGUCCUUGUCUUACUACCCUUUGGCCUGACUAGCAACGGCAGCGCUGAAUAUAAUAGCCCAACAUUUAUUGUAAUGCUGAUAGUUGGGUUCCUUCUUUUCUUCGUUUUCGUGGCCUGGGAAAGAUUCGGAGCCAGAUCCCAGUUCAUCCGCUGGGAAUUACUCAAGGAGCGGACAGUUCUUGGGGCGUUUUUUCUUUCUGGGCUGAUCUUUUUUAGUUUCUAUUGCUGGGAUCUCUAUCUCUUCAACUACUGCGUCGUUGUCUUCCAGCUCUCGAUCGCAAUGGCAGGCUACGUCAACCAGAUCUAUAAUGUCGGCUCCACCUUUUGGUCCGUUCUUGUCGGAAUCUUCAUCCGCAUCACAAAGCAGUUCAAGUACUCCUGCCUAUUCUUUGGCAUGCCGCUGCUGCUCCUCGGUGCAGGUCUGAUGAUCCAUUUCCGUGGUCAAGACGAGAACAGCACAAUCGGCUAUGUCAUCAUGUGCCAGAUCUUCAUUGCCUUUGGCGGCGCAACCCUGGUCAUUGGACAGGACAUGGCUGUCAUGGCAGCUGCAGAUCGAGAGAGCGUGCCGAUGAUGCUCUCGAUUCUCAGCUUGGGUUCUAGCAUUGGUACAGCUAUUGGCUUUGCUGCUUCCGCGGCCAUCUUCAACAAUACAUUCCUCGAUACCCUAACGAAGAGGCUUCCUGAGCGCUAUAAAUCAGAGGCUCUUUCGAUUUAUAGAGGGGGGUAUGUGAAGCAGAUAACUUACCCCAUGGACUCAGAAGUCCGAAUAGCCAUCAAUUAUGCCUGGGCCGAAUACAUGAAGCGUGCCUGCAUCCUGUCCACGUGCAUAUUGGUCCUCGGUUUCCCGGCCGUUGGCAUCUGGAGGAACUACCGCCUGGACAAAAAGCAGAAUAAGGGAGUUGUGCUUUGA